AUGUGUUCUAUGUUCAUUUGUUAUUCAUGCAUGCAGCAUAAAAUGCAUCUGUAAAUGCACUUCAGGAGGUAGCAUAAGUUUUGACGUUUGGUAGGCAACUUUUGAAGCAGUACUGUAAAUCAUUGCAACCCAUCAAAAAUGUCUGAAAGUGAGAAAGCGUCCGAUUUCAUCCAGCAUCAGGGUCACCGAUUGUCGGAAGACAGUGAAUCUGAUGACGAAGUGGAAACUGUCCAGCAGAAUUCGGAAAUUGUUUCCGAAGCCGUUAAACGAUCCCAUUCUGACGAUGAAGACGAGCCAUUGCAACAGGCCAAAGUCCCAAGGGAUAACAAUGCCACCGUAGUAGCUUCGCACUACAAUAAGCUUGAGGAGCGAGGUCUGUAUGAGCGAACUAAAUCCAGGAUAUUCUAUAUGAGAAAUUUCAACAACUGGGUCAAAAGUAUCCUGAUCAAUCAGUAUCUGAACCGUAUAAAGGAGAAAGCUGCCAUCGGGACUCCUUUGAGAGUGAUGGACAUGUGUUGUGGCAAAGGAGGUGAUUUGCUCAAAUGGAGCAAAGGUAACAUCACGCAUCUCAUUUGCACCGACAUAGCGGAAGUGAGCGUGGAACAGUGCGAGGCCCGAUAUAAGAACAUCACACAAAAAGGCGACCACGGUGGAAAGCUGUUUACGGCGGAAUUCUUCGCCGCUGACGCUACACUUCAAAGAUUAAGGGAAAAGUAUCGUGAUCCUUCAAUUGACCUCCACUUGGUCAGCUGCCAGUUUGCUUUCCAUUACUGCUUCGAGUCGCUCAAACAAGCCGAGUUCAUGUUGAAGAAUGCGUCCGAGUGUCUGAAGGAGGGAGGGUUCUUUAUCGGAACCAUCCCGGAUGCCAACGAGAUCAUGAAACGGCAGCGGGCAGCCGGGGGCGACAGCUUUGGCAAUGACAUCUACACGAUUACGUUCCAAUGUGACACGGAUAACCCGCCACUGUUUGGGGCAAAGUACAACUUCCAGCUGGAUGGGGUGGUGGACUGUCCAGAGUUUUUGGUGUACUUUCCCAUGCUGGUCAAGCUGGCACUGAAGUUCGGUUUACGGCUGGUAGAGCAGAAGCGCUUCGACCAGUACUACGAGGAGUCUAUCUCAAGCGGGCGGGGAUUGAUCGAGAAGAUGCAGGCGCUCGAAACUUUUCCGGGCUACUCGAGAGAUGACCGGGAGCGGCAGCAAAACAGGGCAGAAUACAAACACGCGCAGCAGUAUCUGGAUCGGAAGGAUUCACGCUACGGCAAGGUUGGCACACUGUCCAAGUCGGAGUGGGAAGCUAGCACUUUGUAUAUGUUCUUUGCAUUUCAGAAAAUGAAGAAAACCUGGGAUACUAAAGGUAAACCUGUGUAUUCGUAGGCAGCUUUCAAUUGCAUAUUAUGUAGUAACUGAUACGGAACUUUUUAGAACUAAGAAUGAUUAUAUUUUUUUAUCGUGUUGAUAAAACUAUUUUGCUGUCGAUUUAGCAUUUUUUGUUCAAUCAAUAUCAAGGUAAAAAUUCGUCAUUUUUUUAUUAUUCUACAGUUUUACUUCUCAAAAGUUUGGCAUGUAACAAAUAGGAUAUUUAAAAUAUAUUUUCAUUUCCGAAUAAA